AUGGCUACGGACAACAACAACCCGAAUGCCCAUGACUUACCUGGGCAACGACAGGUUAUGACUAGCCCAAGUGCUGCUAACGCGCGGAUACCCGAUGAAAGGGUAGGAACUCAGUUGGUGAACGGAGUUCCAGGCCCUCUUCGUGGAGUGAGCGAUAUUGAUGGAGAAGUGACAACUAUGCCGACAAGUUUGGGUCCGGCAUCCUACUCUAUGCGAGCCCCUUCGAAUGAGCAGCUGACAAGUACCGCAGCGGCUCAACCUACUGUACAGUCUGGAAUGGCUGGAGGUGGGUUUCUGGUGGGCCCAGAGAGGCAAGGAGUCGAGCUCGAGCGAACUCAGGCACCAACAGUAGGUGCUGACCCUUUGGCUGGAAUGGCCCAAGGCACAGUGCUGACUGAGAUUCGUGGACAGGUCAGGACGGAAGGGGCCGAAGCCACAGGCAUGCUAUCUGGUAUGCUGAGAACAGUGCAAACUGUUCCCAUGGCAAUUGACGCCGUGGUGAACCGCUCAGCCUCAGUGCAGUCUGCUGGAGUAUCGGGAGGAAGGCAUGAUGACAGUGUGGAAUAUGCUUCGGUGAGGACCUCAACUCCAGGAGUUGGGUCUAACGCUGUGCCUCUGGAUGGAGGAUCUGCCCAAGCUGGGCUGUUUGAUCAGCAGGCCCUGGACAGACUUCAGAGGAUGCAGGACCAAGCACCACUGUUAUAUCCUUCUGGUGCCUCGAGCCCUCCGCGACCACCUUCGACUACGUCAAGUGAUCUGCAAGCAGAAGUGCGCCGACAGCUAGCUGAUAUGAUGAGACUGCGAGAUGAGGAGAGUAGGAGGCUUAGGGCUCAAGUAGAGGCUCUGUCCUACGAAAACCAGAGCCUGAGGCUCAGGAUGGAAGCAAGUGUACAGGAGGGUAUGCAGCCUUCGAGAUCUGAGGGUUUUGGGAGUUUUGGAUUUCCUAGCUUUGGUUGGUUCGGGAGAGGAUUGGGAUCUCUGAUGGGCCCCUCACGACCUAUCCGCGGCUUGGAAUCGGCCAUUGGGGCUUCCGCCCCCAGACCUCCUCCAGAUCCACCUCAACCGCCUCAGGUCUUGGCCUUCCCGUUCCCAGCGACCGGAGCCUCACCUCAGGAGAGUGUUCGGCACCAGCCACUGCAGCCAGAUCCUACACCCGGCCUUGGACUUUCGGCCCAGUUGAUUGGACCUAGUGGUUUAGGCUCCAACCCCAUAGGGUUACCGGUUAUGGGAUGGCCCGACGGGACGCCUGGACCUGCUAACCUGAGUAGGGAUGUAGUUCCCCCCUCAGCAAUGCCUCUACCUCCUGCAAGUAAUCUUCCGCCCUCGAGCCUGCCCUAUCAACCUGAUGAGAAUUACGGUGGAACCAGGGCAUGCCGAACCCAGCCACCAACACAAGGAGGCCAACCAGAUCAGGGGUUAGAUCCUAUGAGCAUCGUGCUUACGGGUAUGGCGCAACUUCAGAGUGUCGUGAGCGAGCUUGCUAGCCCAAAGGCUUCCGAACGCCUUGAGGUUAUCAAGCCGGGAGUCUUAGCACUCCCCGAGCUCCCAAGUCACGGUCCAGAGUCAUGCCUUGCAUUUGCGGAUUGGCUGCAUGUGACCAAGCCCGCCUUAGCAGAUGUAAGCGACACCUCGGAGCGACUGUGGGAGCUAACACUUGCAGAGGCCAACACGUGGUACUGUAGUUAUCUGAAGAUGGGACCCUUAGAGCGCCUAACAACUAAGCCGACCCCAUCCUCUGAGCUUAGUCAGCCUAAGUGGACCCGUGUAUCUCGACGUAUCGAAUCGAUGAUUAACACCGCCUGCCCCUCUGUAGCCCGGGAAGAAGUAUCAGCAUCAAGGACCUCGGGACUCCUCGCCCUCGUGUGCAAACUAUAUGUAAUAUACGGGCCAGGCAGUCUAACAGAGCGAGAGCUAGGCCUCAAGCAUAUUUCCGAUCCUCCAGCCUGUACUGGAGUUGGCGACGCUAUUGAAGCGUUGAGGAGGUGGAAGCGCUGGUGCUCGCGUAUGUCCGAGCUCGGGGGCAUUUUGCCCGACAGUGCUAUUCAGGUCCGAGCCCUCACGAAAAUUACUAGAUCCGUACUCCUCCAACAUCCGGAGGCCUCCUUCCGCAUCAAUCUUGCGGAGGCUGAGCUUCAAGUAGAUGUGGUUCCGGAUAGUGAUAAAGUAGCUAAACUCCAUGCCCAAAUGCUGAGCGAGCUGGAGUCAAUGGCCUACCGGGGUGACAAGGACCGAGAGCGACAGCCAAAGGAUCAAGCACCAGCCCCACAACCUCCGCCUGAGGUAAAAGGGGUUGAAGCUGCGACCAUUCCUGACCCCCUGCCAGGAGGACGACCUCCGAAGCCACCAAAGGGCGGCCCGAAAGGGUCACCACCAGAGAAAGGUAGCGACCAGCCUGGAGCAGGGACCUCGAAGGUUCCGUGCACCUUCUACGCAGGGGUUAAUGGUUGUAAGAAAGGGAGUGAGUGCACCUUUCAACACAACUGGUCCAGCUUCAGCCCUGCAGAGAAGGCAGCGAGGUGCAAGACAUGUGGUUCUAAGUCACAUAAGGCUGUAGACUGUAAAGCAGGCUCAAGGCCCGAAGAUAAGGCUAAAGCCCGGCCCCAGCGCCAGCCUAAUGUGCCAAAGGGACCUCAGGAAGCUGUGCCCGUUCAGCAGGCCCAAUCUCCAGGUCAGGAUAACAACCAGCAAAUUAAGAGCAUGCUAGCAGAUGCAGCAAGGUUUCUUCAACAGGCAGUCCCGCCUCCGCCUCCUGCCGCACCAGGAACAGCUCAACCGCCAACGGCCAACCCGAUCUCAGGCUCGCCGGUGACCCCACAGGCCAAGGCACCGGCACCAGCAACAGUGCAGGGAACGCCUGUCACCCUAGCCUCCUUAAGUGCCCAGUUGGAUAACUUAAGGGCGAUGGUUGGGAAUCCUGAGAUUCGCACCUGCAGAGUAGAACCUUCGGAUGACGAGGAUAUCCCACUAAGUGACUUAGUGAAGGGUCGAGCUGCUUUGCGUGAAAUGGUUGAGAGGUAUGAAGCUAAGGUGUGUAAGGGUUGCCCUGAUCUCCCAGCAAUAUCAGCUGCUCUUCUCGAUAGUGGCGCGACCCAUGCGGUCGUACCGUUUGGCCCUAACCUAGGCAACCUAGACCGGGUGCCUGUAACCUUAGCAGGAGAUGCUAAGGAGGAGUGGUGGAGAACUCAAGGAGGGACGUUGGUCGUCCCCCCGAACCAGGACGGCAGUCCACAGGCCGCACGCGGCCAGACCAUCCUGCCACUAGGAGCCUUAGUCGAGCAUCUGGGCUGCCAGGUGACAUGGAGUAGAAGAAAGGGACUCAAAGUCAUCCACCCCACACUAGGAGUGCUUCGGACUGGAGUGUCGGGGAACACGUGCCCAUAUGUGCAAGAAACACAGGCUCUUCAACUCAUAGCCGAGCUAGAGCAGCGCCGCCUUGAUCAACUCCAACAACAGGUCGACACGUUGCAGUGUUGUCUUCAGGAAGCAACAGCACCGUUAGACCCUACUGAUGCUCUGAGGAGGUAUGCAAAGUCUGGAGAGCGGCGCGACGCCCUCUCUGCAAUCUUCGCCCAGCCAUAUCUUCAGGGAUUGCCGGAAGGUGUUCUUGCUGACCUAGCGGAGUCCAUCCCCCUGAAUGAUCCUGAGAUUGGUAAGGCACUGCUGAAGGGGCUCCCUCUGAAAAGAUCCUCUAGGCGUGCCCUCCUAGCUACCAAGAAAUGGGUAGUGCACUUAUGCUCAGGACCUUUGAGGAGUGGGGAUCCGAUUGCAAGCUGGUGUUCUGAGCAAGGAAUGGGGUUCAUUCCGGUUGACCUUCAGCAAAAGGGAGGAAAGGGUAAGAAGGAGAGGCUGUAUCUUCAGGGCCGUUGGUCUUUGGCUUCCACGAUAAAGGGAGGAGGGGUCCCGUAUUUGGAAGAGCUUCUUCACACAGAGUCGAAGCCCUCUGAUGCCUUCCAGUGUUGGUCCGGAACCAGGACAAAAUCCUUGUUUCAAGGUGCCCUUUCCCGAGACUACGAGCGCCCAACCAAGGUUGUGACAAAUCUGGAUAUCUCCUUUCUGGCAAGCCUUCCUAGGUUCGGGAGUCCAGCCACUCCACCGAAGGGGCGAGAGUGGACACCGGAGUUCCGGAGGGAGAUCGUUCGUGCACUCCAGGGAAAGUCCUCAGGUCCCUCAGUCGAGCAGAUGGCUCAGUCUGAUGCUGAAGCACUAAGGCGGGCAUUUGAGGAGGAGAGUGAGAUUGGUGAUGAGCAGAUGCUGGUCGCAGAGGCACUGCUUUUGCAAGCUUUCGUUUGUGGAGAAGCAUCGGAGGCUGUGAACGAACAUCCAUUUUCCACGUCCAUUUUCCCUGAGGGCCGGCAUCCAUUGCCCACAUCCAUUUUCCGGGGUACGGGGCCGACUGGACAGUCAGCCCAGUCCCAGGAGCAACGCAGAGCUGCGGAAGCCGAAGUCGCUCGGAAGCAGAUUCAAGCCUUCCUGAUCCUGAUUCCUCCGUUGUGUGAGCUCCUCUCCCCGCGUCGCUGGAGAAAGAAGAUGAUGUGGUCUCGCGAAGAUGCAGAGAUCUUGAGAGUCGCCACCCCCGCUGACACGCGCUUACAGGAGUUACCCUCAUCGCACUCCACGAGCCGCUCGCCAGCAUUUUCCUCGCAGGAGUUUUGA